AUGGAGCGAUUUAUUGGUAUUGUUCUUGUCCGUGAUACUACUGCUUUGUCUCUAAAGAAGGGAAUUGUUGGUUUACUUUCUCAACAUUCUUUAAGUUCAUCUUAUAUACGUGGACAAUGUUAUGAUAGAGCAAGCAAUAUGCAAGGUGAUAUAAAUGGGUUGAAAAUCUUGAUGCAACAAGAAAGUAAAGGUGCUCAUUCUAUUCAUUGUUUUGCUCAUCAACUUCAAUUAACUCUUGUUGCGAUUUCUAGAAAAUGUGAUGAAGUGCAAGAACUUUUAUUGUUAGUUUCUGAUAUAUUAAAUAUGGUGGGAGCUUCUUUAAAGCGUAGAGAUGAACUUGACUCUUUUUCUCAUUUUGACAUUGAAAAGAUAUUGAGAUUGGCUGAGUUAUAUCCUGAUGAUUUUGAUAAAUACUCUAUGGUGGACCUUCGUUUUCAGCUUGAGAAUUACAUUGUUGAUGUUCAAGAUCAUGAUAAAAGGUUUUCCAAUCUUAAGGGGCUUGUUAAUCUUUCCAAGAUACUCGUAGAGACGAAGAAGCAUGGAACUUAUCCUCUUGUGUUUCGACUUGUGAAAUUUGCUUUACUUUUGCCAGUUGCUACUAUUACAGUUGAGAGAGCUUUCUCGUCGAUGAAGUUGAUUAAGACAGAUUUACGGAACAGAAUGGAUGAUGAGCUUUUGAGUGGUUGUUUGGUGCCUUCUAUAGAAAAAGAAGUAUUUAGUACUAUCUCUAAUGAGGCUAUUAUGAAUACAUUUCAAAAGAUGAAAACUCGUCGAGGAGAGUUGUAA